AUGUGGGCGUCACUCGCAGCUCUGACCAUGUGGACGUCACUCGCUGCUCUGACCAUGUGGACGUCACUCUCUGCUCUGACCAUGUGGACGUCACUCUGCUCUGACCAUGUGGACGUCACUCUCUGCUCUGACCAUGUGGACGUCACUCUCUGCUCUGACCAUGUGGACGUCACUCUCUGCUCUGACCAUGUGGACGUCACUCUCUGCUCUGACCAUGUGGACGUCACUCGCUGCUCUGACCAUGUGGACGUCAUUCUCUGCUCUGACCAUGUGGACGUCACUCGCUGCUCUGACCAUGUGGACGUCACUCUGCUCUGA